UCCCUUCUUCACUGCAAUUUCUUCGAGCCUUCGAACAGCAAUGGCUGCUGCUGCAAUGGUGGGUUAGAGAAAUCGAUGAGGCACCGAAUUGCAAGGCUAGUGAAAGACGGGCUCUACAAAGAAGCCAUUGUCCUCUACACGCGUCGCCACUCUGUUUCUCUCCCUCAAACCAAUUUCACAUUUCCCUACAUCCUCAAAGCCUGCGCCGAGCUCAAGAGUAGCACCCAUGGCCAGAUGCUGCACGCCUCUCUAUUCAAAUCCGGCUACAUCAAUAAGCACACGACCACGGACCUCACCAAUAUGUACAUGAAACUCGGCUUGAUCGAGAGUGCAACCAAACUGUUCGACGAAAUUCCUCUACCGAGCGUGUCCCUUCUUAACGUCGUUAUUUCCGGAUUUUUGCAGAAUGGACUUUUUGAAGAAGGCUUCAGGCUGUUCAAAGUGAUAGGUAUUGCCGAUCUUCGAUUUGAUUCUGUCACAGUAGCUAGCGUGGUGUCUGCCUGCAGAGAUUCUGCUGAUGGCGCGCAAUUACACUGUUUUGCUGUUAAGACUGGCGUGGAGAUGGAUGCCGAUGCCGCGACAUCGUUAAUGACAAUGUAUUUUAAUUCGAAGGAGUUGGAUUCUGCAGAAAUGUUGUUUGUAUUGAUCGAGCACAAACAUGUGAUUUGCUACAAUGCUUAUUUGUCGGGGAUGGUGCAGAACGAUGCUGUCGAAUCGGCAUUGAGAGUGUUUAUUGAAAUGAGGAGCUUGUCUUGUUCGAGACCUAAUCCCGUGACGAUGAUGUCUGUGUUGUCUGGAUGUGGAGAUGGUAAUUACAUGAGAUUUGGUCGGCAGCUGCACGGUUUUAUAGUUAAAGUCGGAUUCAAGUUGGACGCGAAGCUCGCCACCAGUCUUGUCGAUAUGUAUUCAAAAUGCGGAUUAUGGCAAUGCGCGUACGGUGUUUUCAGAGAAACGGGAAGUGACCGGAGCUUGGUAACGUGGAAUUCAAUGAUAGCCGGAAUGAUGUUAAACGACCAAAGUGAAUGCGCCGUCGAUCUUUUUCUCGAGUUAGAACGCGAAGGAGCUUCGCGGCCUGACUUGGCGACAUGGAACUCCAUGAUCAGUGGUUUCGAGCAGCUGUCAAGAAACGACGACGCGAUUUUGUUCUUUAGAAAGAUGCUGUCUUGCGGUGAAGUGCCGAAUGUCCGGUGCUUGACAAGCUUGUUAGCCGCGUGUUCGUCUCUAUCCGAGCAGCGCUACGGAAGGCAGAUUCACGCGUAUGUUCUGCGACUGAAGUUAAUUGACGACGAAUUCUUAGCUACGGCAAUCAUCGACAUGUAUAUGAAAUGCGGACUUCCUUCAUUAGCUUACGCCGUUUUCAGCCAAUUCCGUAUAAAGCCAGUCGACGCGCCAUUCUGGAAUGCCAUGAUCUCCGGCUACGGGAGAAACGGCGAUUCCAAAGCUUCGUUCGAUAUGUUCGGUAAAAUGAUUGAAAAUAAAGUUAAGCCGGAUUCAGCUACCUUCAGCUGCCUCUUGACUGUUUGCAGCCAGACAGGCGAAGUCCAUGAAGGUUUCCGGAUUUUUCGAUUGAUGACCGUAGGAUACGGCUUGAAUCCUACCUCAAAGCACAUGAACAUUUUGAUCGAUCUGCUCGGUCGUUCGGGCAGGCUAGAUGAAGCAUUGGAAGUUCUUCGAUCAACGGAUGAAUCUUCGGCUGCUGCUUUUGCUUCUCUGCUCGGCGCCUGCAAGCAGUUUUUGGAUUCGAAGACGGGCGAUGAGAUCGCCGGGAGGCUUAUGGAAUUGGAGCCGGGAAACCCGAUUCCGUUUGUGAUUUUAUCGAAUAUAUAUGCUGGACAGGAGAAAUGGCGAGAUGUGCAGAGAAUUAGGAAGAUGAUGGAGAAGAAGGGGCUCAAGAAACUCACUGCCAUUAGCGCCAUUGGAGCAGCUUGAAAAGGUGCACGAAAUUUUAUCACUUGAUGAUUUUGAGUUAUACGAUUUGAAUGUUUUUGGCCAAAACAUUGAUGAAUGAUCGAAGAAAGGUUUCGACUUUUGCUGGAAAUUUUUGUAGAUUUGAUCGGGAUUUAUUUGUUGACAAUUUUUUGUUGUUGUUUUUUGGAUAAA